AUGCAUCCGACCGAAAUCGAGAAGUAUGACCACCCUCUGCCUGUGUGGCAGCCCUUAUGGGAUGAAGCAGCUGAGCGGUUUCUGGCUCGUACUGGUAAAGGCCUGAACCGAAACCAUCCAAUGAUACUGGACGACGUGCGAAAACAGAUAGAAUCGCGAACAGAGUCGGCCACAGACGUUGACAUCGCAAAUACACUGAAACACAAGAAGGAAAUAGGUCUGAAUAUCCUUGAAUGUCUGAAACUCCUUGGCGGUAUAGCUGCACAAGGCGCCAGCUUGGAUGAUAUUACUACAGUACAAAACUUCUUAUGGACCUUGUUCCAGAAGUCAGUGGUUGAGAAGUUCGAGUUUGAGCCACUGGCUGGACAGAUUAACCGGACCAAGGGCGAAAUAAGGGUAAACGAGUACGACGCACACUUAGCCAUAGUGAUGCAAGCCCUGAACUUCUUGAUAAAGAAACCAGAUGCUAGAACUGAAAGACUGGGGAGGUAUCAGGUUUGGAAUCUUCCAGUCCAUUUGAAGGAAUUGAAAAACCCUGAGCCUGAUCACAAGGUCGACAAUGCAGCAAAGAAAGACAUAGGUAACAUACUUUUCGAUAUCCUCGGCCAAGGCACCAUCAUUAGGAGGCAUUGGGAACGUUUCGUUGACGUGCCUUUGUUCUGCAACGCAAUGCAGAUUUCAACAAUUUUGGCAUGGCUGCAGGAUCCUGAUGUUACUGGCCAUUUCGGGAUAUACCAAAUGAAUUGGUUGGACAAGGUAGUUUCAGAAGGAGAAUCAGAUGUGUGUGAUGAUUCUAUCGUGAUCUUGAGUACAGAUGAAGAGUCUGUAGCCCUUGACAAAGUUACAAACGAGCAGUCUUUAUGGUACGAGAGAGUUGGGGAGACGGCUAGAAAAGUCGAUGAGUUCGACCAUGCGAUUGCGAUGUUCCUGAAGGCGACCAAGAUGCCUGGAGCAUCAUGGACGUGUCACAGAGGUCUCGCCCGCUCUUACCAUCAAGCCGGAAAUAUGAAUGACGCCUGUGAAUCCAUGAAGAAGGCGUUAGAGAUUCUCACUGGCUUGAAGGAUCCUAACCCUAAUGAUAUCUGGGUAACCAAUAUGGAUCUUGGAAAAUGGUACUUUGAACUCAAGGAGCCUGACUUGGCAACCCCAGCUGACGACGAAGCAUACUACCGGAUACUGGAAGCCAACCUUACAUCAAAAUCUCAAGACCGUGCACUGAGUCUUAUUGAAUCCAUGAGCCAUGACACGUCAGCAAAGGGCGGUAUAAGUCGCCUGGGCUCUGCACUUCUACUCAUGGCAACAGACGACGAGACUUACGACAGGCAUUUCACCAGUAUUCUCUCGUUGACUGCUUCCCGUGAUGGGAUGUUAGGGAUAGUUCUGAACGCCAUGGAGGAAGCCAUUCAGCUCGCAGCUGACAACGAUCUGCUUUUCGAAAGAAGCGCCCUUCGGCUCUACAAAGGUCUCGCACUCUACUACUACGGCGAUGAAGCUGAUUAG